CUGGCUGACUGACCGCCCGCCCGUUCCCCUCCCCCUCGCCCCCGCUUCCUUCUCGACGACGUCGUCGCCGCAGUCUUUUGGUGGUUUUUGUCCCGCGGCCUCUGCCGCCCGCGCGCGAUACCUUCCCCUCUCCUCCCCACUCCCCCGCCCCGCGUAGAGCUCACAUAGGCCAGAAGCAGCCGAGCAGCAGCACAGCGGCGGAAAGCCAAGCCAAGCCAUCCCAGUCCAGUCCCACCGACCGGGCAGCGGCCUCUCCAGAUCUCGCAUGCGCGGCCGCCGCAGGAGGGGGAGGAGGAGGAGGACGGGCUAGGGUGUCGCCGGCGUUUCCGAGAUGCGCGGGGAGCGGCUGGGGAGCUGGGUGGUGUCCUACACCGGGAUGUCGGCCGACAACAUCAAGGGCCUGCUGCUCGCGGUCUCCUCCAGCCUCUUCAUCGGGGCCAGCUUCAUCGUCAAGAAGAAGGGCCUCAAGAAGGCCGGCGCCUCCGGCGUCCGCGCAGGUGUUGGUGGCUACUCUUACCUGCUUGAGCCACUGUGGUGGAUAGGACUGAUAACAAUGGUUGUUGGGGAAAUCGCUAACUUUGCUGCGUACGCUUUUGCCCCUGCUAUCUUGGUCACUCCACUUGGCGCACUUAGCAUAAUUAUUAGUGCUGUUCUUGCACGUAUCAUUUUGCGGGAGAAGCUGCACAUGUUUGGUGUACUCGGGUGUAUUCUUUGUGUUGUGGGUUCGACAACAAUUGUGCUACAUGCCCCUGCGGAACGUGAAAUUGAGUCUGUGGCAGAAGUAUGGGAUCUUGCUACCGAACCAGGAUUUCUACUUUAUGCAGCCAUUGUGCUCACAGCAGCUUUCGUGCUCAUAUUCCAUUUUGUCCCACAGUAUGGUCAGACACAUAUUAUGGUGUAUAUUGGUAUCUGUUCUCUUUUUGGGUCUCUGUCGGUCAUGAGUGUCAAAGCUCUUGGGAUAGCCUUGAAGCUGACGUUUUCAGGGAUGAAUCAGCUAGUCUAUCCACAAACAUGGUUCUUCACACUUGUUGUGGUUGCAUGCAUAGUAACACAGAUGAACUAUCUGAACAAGGCCCUUGACACAUUCAAUACUGCAGUUGUUUCGCCCAUUUAUUAUACAAUGUUUACUUCGUUGACCAUUUUGGCUAGUGUAAUAAUGUUCAAGGACUGGGAUCGUCAAAAUCCGACUCAAAUUGUCACGGAAAUGUGUGGUUUUGUUACUAUCCUUUCUGGGACGUUUCUGCUUCACAAGACAAAAGACAUGGUGGAUGGUCUCCAACAGAAUUUACCUAUCCGAAUUCCGAAACACGCGGACGAGGAUGCGUAUGAAUCUGAAGGAAUUCCUCUCAGGUCUGCUGCUGAUGGGAUUCCUCUCAGGUCACCCCGGGGCGCCGAAGGAAUUCCUCUCAGGUCUGCCGCCGAUGGCAUUCCGCUCAGGUCAUCAUCGAGGGGCGCAGAAUCGUUCCGCUCGACAUCAUGACCUGGUGAUGGUUGCAGCUGGGUUCAAGCCCAUGAGACGCUUGAAGGCAACAUUGGUCAAGUCAUGGUGCCUCGAUGCUUUAUACCUGGGAAGGGAAGGGAAGAAUCUCCAUUCUUUCGUCGGAUAGAACUCCUUAGGUUUUGACUGUAGGACUGGGAAGGUAAAACGGCUGGGCGCCCCUUGUAAUUGUUGAGACUUUGGUACAGAAGAAGUUUGGGGCUUACAUCGGUUAAUACUAUAUAUACGUCUCUGGGCAAGAUAAUUAGAAUGGCCAAGGACCCAAGUUUUGAACA